UGCUCGUCUUUUUAUUGUUUGACAGAAAGAGUCGGAAAACGGAUGUACGAUCGUUCUCUUGCUAGUCCUAACGUGGUGUAAAGUUGCCGUGUUUCCAUUUGCCUAGCAGUGAAAAAGUAGUUAAAACCCGGGAAAAAGCACCGAAAUGGCCGACGAAUACUUUUACGGAGCAACCUUGAAGGAUGGCAACAAAACGGUGACCUGGGACCCAGACACCAAAGCCGAAGGUUACCCGCGUACACACAAGCUGAUCAUCAAGCAGUGCAUCCUGGGACACGAGGCUGCCGCUGAUGAGUUCAACGUCGUGCAGGUAGAGACAAUGACCAUUCGGGACACCCUGCGCAUUCCCAUCGCCGUGCUGAAGGUUGGCGAAGCCCGGCAGUGCCGCUUGGAUCUGGAAUUCUCCGAUUCGCCAGUCACGUUCACACUGGUGGAAGGCAAGGGACCGGUGCACAUCCACGGACAGCAUUUGCUCGGAUCGCUGGUCGAGGAGUUCGAGGACAUGGAAGAGAUGGAAGAGGAAGUUCCAGAAGAGGAAGAAGAUGACGAGGAUGACGAUGAGGAGGGUGGCCCACAGAAGAAGAAGCAAAAGCUCACCAACAACUCCAAGGGCAAGCCAGGUGGUCUUCCCGCCGGCAGUAAUAGUGCCAAAAACAGCAAAAAGAAAUAAGCUUAUUACCUCCUGAACACCUUGGAACACUACGAACUAAUGCACCCAUACACAAUGACUGUAAGUGUUUAUGUUCGUAUCUCUUCCUUUCCUCCUGUCCCCCACAUAAAAUCCCACUCCUUUUAAAAUCUAAACAUAAAAACUAUACACAUCUAGAACAGCAGCAGCAUUCAACAACCAAUAGGAAUUGUAAGUCGAGUAAAGUCAUUUAAUCAAUGCACAGUAAUCACUCGGAGUAAAUAUUAUACCGUUCCUUUUUCAAUCAAUAAAUUCAAACAAAAACAGAGGAAGCAGAUUGCUUCCUCGACUAAACAAAACAAUCCUACAUUUAAUAUUAAAACAAAGUAAAACUUAGUUCGUAAGAAAUCACCCUUUCUGUCCCCGAUACCACGCUGUGUUUUCCGUUUCCGAUGUAUAUUUUCCUGUCGGCGCCUGCAUAUCUGUAUCCCGGGUGUGCCGUUUUAAAAAAGGGUAGAAUUCUCUGAACAGCAUUCAUUCAGUGAGUUUUGACUCUACACUGUAGAAUACCUCUUGAAUAUCCUGGGGAAGGGACUAAUCAUGACGGCCACUGACUAUCAUCAGGCAGGCAGGCAAUGGCAAAAAGUGUAGCGAGGAAUAUGAAAGCGGCAAAGUUAGCGGAUUAAGAAGGUACAACAAACGUGAGAAAAUAAAAAGAAAUAAAAA